AUGUCUCCAACGAUCCACCUCAUCCGCCACGCCCAAGGCCAUCACAACCUUAGUCUCGCGAACCUCACCCUUCCCGAUCCGCUCCUCACGCCCCUCGGCGUCUCACAAUGCAGAGAUCUCGCCUUCACCUUCCCCUACACCGACCGCAUCGACCUGAUUGUUGCCUCCCCUCUGAAACGUACCAUCUACACCGCCCUCUACACCUUCCAGUCUCUCCUAGAGAAGAACCCGCACAUGCGGGUCAUCGCCCUGCCUGAGAUCCAGGAGACGAGCGAUCUGCCGUGCGAUACGGGGAGUGAUAUCGAGGAGCUGCGAAGGGAGUUCAAGGGGAGGCCAGUCGACCUGAGCUUGGUGACUGAGGGCUGGAACAGCAAGAAGGGACGCUGGGCGCCGGAGGCGGAUGCGAUCAUUGAGCGGGGAAGGGAGGCAAGGGUGUGGUUGAGGGAGCGGAAGGCGAGCAACGUCGCGGUCGUGACACAUGGAGGGUUCUUGCACUACUUUACAGAGGACUGGUCGGGGUGCGAGAAGUUCGUGGGUACCGGCUGGGCGAACACGGAGUUCCGGAGCUAUACGUUUGAUCCAGCUAGUGGCGACGAUGCAUCCAUAGUCGAGACAACAGAGUCGAGCGCGAGGAGACGCGGUACGGAGAAGCCGCUGUCUAAGGAGGAGCAGAGGAAUCUGAGAGAGACGGCAGAGAACGGCUGGGCGGCUGCCGGAUAUCAGAAAAAGAAGACGGAGCCUGCUCCACUGCCCAUUUCGGCAAAGGUAUAG